GUCCACGCCAGUCGUCAUCAAGUGGCUGUCGGCACUCAGUGCGAUGAUCUCCCCACUGAGGAAGAGAAGGCGUUGCGCAGCGAACUCCUUCAGGCUAAGCUUGAGCUCAACGAGAAGGAGAGACUCGAGACCAGACGACGACCUCAUACAGUUUGCAGGGACGUCGGCGCCCAAACGAUGGAGAGAAUAACACCCAACAACCGCAUCGUGCUCUCUGACGAUGUUAUGUGGUGGACCCCGGGGGGCCUCUACAAGGUCGGCAAGUACAGCGUCACUUCGACGACCUGGCCUGCAGGGCCCGACAAGGCUGCUGCUACUUACGGCUAUAAUGCCCAGACUCCAUCUAGCUUCUACGAUUCUACUUGUCUACCAACCACUGAAGGCAGUUUUGGUGGCUAUCAAUACGGAGCCGGGGUUGACGAUGACGGCGCUCCCUAUUGGGAGUCAGCGCAGGGAGAAUACGAAUUCGCCGAGAAGGAUUCCUUCCUGUGUGGAACUAUCGCUCAACAGUAUAUUCCUCAACUCAAUCAUCAGUAG